CUGACACCUCCCUUUCUCCUCCCUCCAUUGGGCUGGAGAGGAGUGAUCAGAGUGAAAGUUAAAGCUCUGCGGCAGACACUUCUCCACAGCUGUCUGAGGGAACGCUGGUGGGCUUCACCCGAGAGCGGAGCAGGUCUUUUGGUGGGUUAACAGUUCGAUCUUCAGCAGAACGUGUUGGUUCUUGAAAAGCACUGAAGAAGACGCAGCCCAGGACCUCAAAUGUCAGACAGACGUCCAGGAUUGGAUCUAACAUAGACCAGACCUUUACCCCCACCCCCCCUCACCUCUCAGGCCCUGUCCGUCAGCCCCCACCCCCUCCAGCAAGACCCUAAGCACGCUGAUUGAAGACAUUCUUCAGUGGCCGGUGAUUCCCAGUCAAAGACGUUAGGCAAAGGUCACCAGUGGCAGCAGCUGUGCUGAUGGAAGGCCCGGCCCUGGAUCAGAUGGGGGAUGCAUGUCUCCCCCGCUGUCCCUCCCCAGAGGGGGAAACUGUGUGUGAGGCUCUGGCCCGUUACGAAAACACUCUCCGGGAGGCCAUCAGGGAGAUCCAGGCGGAUGUCAGCAGUUUUAAGCUCGGCAUGGAGCGUCGCUGGGAAGAGACGGCCAACCUGAGCGGUCCACUGGGUCGUGCUGUAGCUCAGCUGCAGCAGGAGAACCGGCAGCUCCGGAGCCAGCUGGACGCUCUCACCAGACAAGUGGAGCAGCUGAGCGGCUUCAUGAGCGACAGCCGUACCUUAUUAAACAGUAACAAUGGUCAGAACCACAGGGGGGAUGCUCUCAACCACUCAGAGAACCAUCACAACGCAAAGGAUGGGAUCUGUGGGAAGGCUCAGAAACAGCUCCACGUGCAGACCUCUGCUUUGGGCAGCCAAACGCAGAUAUACAACCACCCUCAGCCAGGCCUUUCAUCUUCACCUUCCAUGUUAUCCUCCUCCCCCACUUCCAGCAGCCCCCCUGCUGGGUACAGAGGCUGCUCUAUGCUCCUCAGCCCCGGGUCCAGCAGCAGCCCCUCUAUCACUCGCUUCUCCAGCCGAGCCAUCUUUGCCGUGUCCAGCAAGGCCAACAGUUCUGAGCGAGACGACCCGAUAGACGUCGACCAGGUUCCAGCCCAACAGAACGGACACUCUUCCACGGUUUUGGGGAAGGUGUCCCCUCCCUCCAAUUCUGUGCACGAACACGCUGCACAGGUUUCCACGCGGAUGCCCCACCUUCCCAUUACAGCUACAACCAAGACUGCGGAGGUUAAGGCUUCUCCAAGCAGUCCUGCUGGACUCUUGUCUUCUCCAGGUUCUGACAUCACCCCUCCGGGUCAGUCAAGUCCCAGCAGCCCCCAAGCCCAGCCUGCAGAGGAUGCUUUAACCCAAGCAGUGUCGUCUAUGAAGACUUGGACUCCGACGGCCUCCAGAGCUCUGGGAUCUCCGGGAGUCCAAAUGGACAAAUCGCUUUCAGCUCCAGCUAAAACUGUGACUUCUUCAGGACCACAGGACAUAGACGACGAGGUCAGCGACGACAGGACCCUCAGCCAUCUUGGGGAGAGAAGAAGGGACCUGGUGAGGUCCCAGACCAUCCCCCGCAGCGCCGGCGCUCAGGCUCGUCGGUCCAUUUUUGAAAGACUGAGCUCUGGGACCAGCAAUGGCCCAAAAUCAGCCAGCCUGAAGCGCUCUCAGAGUUUUGCAGUGUCCAGCGCCAGCACCAUCAAACAGAUUCUUCUUGAGUGGUGUCGGUCCAAAACCAUCGGCUACCAGAACAUCGACAUCCAGAACUUCUCCUCCAGUUGGAGUAAUGGGAUGGCGUUCUGCGCCCUGGUUCACUCCUUCUUCCCUGCAGAGUUUGACUACAACUCUCUGUCUCCCGCCAACCGCAGGCACAACUUUGAGCUAGCCUUCGCAACUGCAGAAGCAAAGGCGGGCUGCGACCGCCUCAUUGAGGUGGAUGACAUGAUGAUCAUGGGCCACAAACCCGACCCCAUGUGUGUGUUCACCUACGUCCAGUCCCUGUACAACCACCUGCGCAAGUUUGAGUGACACUCCGACAACUUCCAUUGACAAAGAGGGCAGCCAGCUCACCCUCUGAACUGUCAUGGAGUCCAGAACUGAGAGACUUGGUCAACGGCGCCACCUGCUGAUAGAGGAAAGACUCUGAGCCAAGACAGGCACACAAUAGACAGGACCUGUUUGAACAAGAAGAAAUAUAUGACUUUGCACUCAGUGCUGGUUUCUCCGCAGCAGUGCUUUUUUUCUUUUAUCUUUUUUAGAAUAAGAAUAUUGUGAAGAAUUUAUUAGAUUUUUUUUUAUAUAGGUUGCCACACGGAUGUGGCAACUUAUGGAAAAGCAACAUCGACGUCUCUAAAAAUUGUACGAUGCUCAACUUGGUACGUGUUUCUGAAAAUAUGAAGAUGUGAGGCGUCACUUUCCACCCAUAUAUGCUGUAGAAUGUUGUGCUUUUUCAGGAUAAAAAAAUAAAAUGUGUUGCAUGUGGUCCCCACCUUUUCAAGGAAAA